AUGAAGUCCCUCGCCAUCUUUCUCCUGGCCAGUCUGGCUUCCGCAGCCGUGGCCCCCUACGGUCAAUGUGGAGGCAGGGGUUAUUCCGGUGACACAAGCUGCCAGUCGGGAUGGGUCUGCCAGUAUCAAAAUUCCUACUAUAGUCAAUGUGUCGCGGGGUCUGGCACGACAUCAACAACUACAACGGCCACGACGACUAGUAGCAGUACCACGACAUCCAAGACUUCGACGACAUUGGCCACUACGACCAAGACGACCACCACCUCCGUAGCAACAUCCACCGUCUUCCCGGGCACCAGUGGACUCAACUUCACCAUCGAUGGAAAGGCUGGCUACUUCGCCGGUUCCAACUCCUACUGGAUCGGUUUCUUGACCAACAAUGACGAUGUCGACCUAGUCCUGGACCACAUGAACGAAUCGGGCCUCCGCAUCCUCCGCGUUUGGGGCUUCAACGACGUCAACACCGUCCCGUCCUCCGGCACAGUCUACUACCAGCUUCUCCAGAACGGUGUCGCGACCAUCAACACCGGCGCCGACGGUCUACAGCGCCUCGACUACGUCGUCGCCUCCGCCGAAAAGCACAACGUGAAGCUGAUCAUCAACUUUGUCAACAACUGGUCCGACUAUGGCGGCAUGGCGGCCUACGUCACGGCUUUCGGCGGCUCCCAGACUAGUUGGUAUACCAACGAGGCCGCUCAGGCCGCCUAUCGCACGUACAUAAAGACGGUUAUUGCGCGCUACAGUAGUUCCUCGGCGAUCUUUGCCUGGGAGCUGGCGAAUGAGCCGCGCUGCAACGGCUGCAACCCGUCGGUGAUCUACGACUGGGUCAAGUCGACGAGCGCGUAUAUCAAAUCGCUGGAUUCGAAGCACCUAGUUUGUAUCGGCGAUGAGGGAUUCGGCCUCGACACACUCUCUGACGGCAGCUACCCCUACACCUACGGCGAGGGCCUGAACUUCACCAUGAACCUAGCCAUCGACGACAUUGACUUCGGGACCUUCCACCUUUACCCCUCCAGCUGGGGAACCACCAACGACUGGGGCAACGGCUGGGUCGAAUCCCACGGCGCCGCCUGCGCUGCCGCGGGCAAGCCGUGCCUUUUCGAAGAAUACGGAGUCACAUCUGACCAUUGCGCCGUCGAAGCACCCUGGCAGGCCACCGCGCUGAAUACCAAGGGCGUGUCGGCUGAUUUGUACUGGCAGUACGGGGAUACCCUGAGUUAUGGGCAGUCGCCAGAUGAUGGAAAUACGUUUUACUAUGGCACGGAUGAGUUCACGUGUCUGGUGACUGAUCAUGUUGCUGCUAUUGGUUAUCUUGAAACAAGUGUCCACAUCUCGUAUGGACAAUAG